UCAACCCUCCUUAAAACCCCAUUCCAUACUUCAACCCUCCUUAAAACCCCUUCUCCUCCCAUCCUUAUUCACUCCAUUUCUCUCUCUCUCUCUCUCUCUCUCUCUCUCUCCAAAGACAAAACAACUCUCUCUCUCUCCAUAGACAAAACAACUAAGAAAAAUAAGAAAUUGUAACAAAAAUGGGCAGUCUGGUGGGCCAUGUUGCACCUGGCUUUGGUUUCUUUGUCAUUGGGUUAUGGCACCUCCUAAACCACAUCAAGCUCCAUGUUCUCCACCCAAAUUCCUACACAUCUCUGCCAUGGUUUCCAACCUCGAAGCUCAGGUACCUAGAGCUCUUCUUGAUCAUGGGAGGCUCCUCCAUGUCCAUAGCCAUGGAACUCUUCAUAGGCCCCCAACAACACCAACCCUUGGAUUUUGACGGAACCAUCCCCUCCAACCACCUCCACAACUUUGAACACUCCUCCAUAUCCAUGACCUUCUUCGUUUACGCGGCUUUCGCCAUCCUCCUUGACCGAAUAGGCCCCAAAGCUCAGUAUGGCCUCACCCAAUUUCUCGGAGCCAUCGCCUUUGGCCAGCAGCUCCUCCUCUUCCACCUCCACUCCGCGGACCACAUGGGCGUCGAAGGCCAAUACCACCUUCUCCUCCAAAUAGUGAUCUUUGUGUCUCUCACCACCACCCUCAUGGGAAUUGGAUACCCUAAGAGCUUCAUGGUCAGCUUUGUUAGGUCUCUUAGCAUAUUGUUCCAAGGUGUUUGGUUUAUGUUCAUGGGCUUUAUGCUUUGGACACCAGAAUUAAUCCCCAAAGGUUGCUUCAUGAACUUGGAAGAAGGUCACGUAGUGGUCCGGUGCCACGAUCACGAGGCGCUUGAACGUGCCAAAUCACUAGUGAAUCUACAGUUUAGCUGGUACUUAAUAGGCGUCGCCAUUUUCGGUAUAUCCAUUUACAUGGCUUUGAUGAAGAUUCAUGGAAAAAGUACAGUUGAUUAUCAGUCAUUAACAAAGUACGCAGAAGACGGAGAAGAAGACACUGAGGAUGUUGAGGCUCAGAAGAAAAGCAAACUCAGUGAUUUGAAGAGUUCUAUUUAUAUGGGAAAAGGGCUUGCUUCCAUUGACAUGGAAAGGUGAAAGAAGGGAUGAAAGAUUUGAGGUGUAGAUGUAAUUAGGUAUGUGUCAAAAUUAGGGUUUGUGGUUAUGAAUUGAUUGCCCAAUUUGUUCAAGUAAAGAAAAGGGCAAUUUGGGCAAAAGAGUAAAAGGUAAAAAGUUGUGUUAUUGUUUGGUUUGUAUUGAUGGCUUUAGCUUGGGGUGGGAUUGGUUGUGUGUGUGUUUAUAGAAAAGUAUAUUAUAUUUGAUAAUAGACAACCACCUGAUUUUAAGUUGAUUCUGUUGGAUUUGGACACCUUUAGUUGAUUGCUGGGACGAAAAUCUAUAAAC